GCGCGCCAGUAAACUAGAUCCCAACCGCCGGUGAAGAAGAAAAGGACCACAACAUUGGAUCUAAACAGGGUUUCAUUUAGGUCUCAAAUCGAGUUUAUCAACAAGCAGUUAAACCCUGCUGAAGAAACGUCCACAAGAGUUUUUAGAAAUCGGGAAUAAAUGGGUGAUCAGCGCAGACUGCUGGAUUUCACCCGGACACCUCAGAUCAUCUUACACCGAAUAGAUGUACUGCAGCAUUACAUUAAGGAGGAGGUUCUCUUUGACUACCGGCUGUUUACCCAGGAGAGGAACUCGAGUUUGGACCAAGAUAAUCCAGAGCCUCUGGAGAUGAAACAAGAGCUAAAUGAGUCAGGGCAUCUGCAGAUAAAAGAGGAGGAGAAUGAACUUUGUGUCAGUCAGGAUAAAGAACACCUUGUGCUGAAGCAGGAUACUGAUACCUUUAUGGUGACUCCUACAGAAGAGGAAAAAUACAACAUUAAACUUCAACCAAAAUUGAACCAACUCAUGUCUCAGGACUCCUGUGAAACUCUGAACCAGGAUCAGGAAGCAAACCAUCACCAAGACUCUGGAUCCAAGAGAGACAAAGAGCCGAAACAGAAUAAGACGCAUCAGAAAACCAGACAGUAUAAAGCCAAUUCUGACAGGUCAAGACUAAAAGAACUAAAGAAAACUCACAAAGAUGAGAAACUGUACACCUGUAAAAUGUGCAAUGAAUGCUUUUCUCAAAAUAGGAGCUUGACCAUUCACAUGAGAAGUCACUCAGGUGAGAAGCCUUUCUCAUGUGUGACCUGUGGAAAAAGUUUCAGCUUAAAGGGUAACUUGAAUGAUCACAUGAGAAGUCACACAGGUGAGAAGCCUUUCUCAUGUGUGACCUGUGGAAAAAGUUUCAGCUUAAAGGGUAACUUGAAUGAUCACAUGAGAAGUCACACAGGUGAGAAGCCUUUCUUAUGUAUGACAUGUGGAAAAAGUUACAGUCGAAAAGAUCAUUUAACACGUCACAUGAGAAUUCAUACCGGUGAAAAGCCUUUCUCAUGUUUGACCUGUGGAAAAGGUUUCUGUUUGAAGGGAAAUUUAACUGAUCACCUGAGAAGUCACACUGGUGAGAAGCCUUUUUUGUGUAAGAUUUGUGGAAAAGAUUUUACAAAAAAACUUAAUUUAGCUUGUCACAUGAGAAGUCACACAGGUGAGAAGCCUUUCUCAUGUGUGACUUGUGGAAAAUGUUUCAGUCAAAAAAAUUAUGCAAUUGUUCAUAUGAGAAGUCACACAGGUGAGAAGCCUUUCUCAUGUGUGACCUGUGGUAAAAGGUUCAGCAUAAAAGGUAACUUGAAUGUUCACAUGAAAACUCACACAGGUGAGAAGCCUUUCUUAUGUAUGACAUGUGGAAAAAGUUACAUUCGAAAAGAUCAUUUAACACGUCACUUGAGAAUUCAUACCGGUGAAAAGCCUUUUUCAUGUUUGAUCUGUGGAAAAGGUUUCUGUAUGAAGGGAAAUUUAACUGAUCACCUGAGAAGUCACACUGGUGAGAAGCCUUUUUUGUGUAAGAUUUGUGGAAAAGAUUUUACAAAAAAACUUAAUUUAAUUUGUCACAUGAGAAGUCACACACGUGAGAAGCCUUUCUCUUGUGUGACUUGUGGAAAAUGUUUCAGCCAAAAAAGUAAUGCAAUUGUUCAUAUGAGAAGUCACACAGGUGAGAAGCCUUUCUCGUGUGUGACCUGUGGAAAAGGUUUCAGCAUAAAAGGUAACCUGAAUGAUCAUAUGAGAAGUCACACAGGUGAGAAGCCUUUCUCAUGUGUGACCUGUGGAAAAAGUUUCAGUAUAAAGGGUAACUUGAAUGAUCACAUGAGAAGUCACACAGGUGAGAAGCCUUUCUUAUGUAUGACAUGUGGAAAAAGUUACAGUCGAAAAGAUCAUUUAACACGUCACAUGAGAAUUCAUACCGGUGAAAAGCCUUUCUCAUGUUUGAUCUGUGGAAAAAGUUUCUUUAUGAAGGGAAAUUUAACUGAUCACCUGAGAAGUCACACUGGUGAGAAGCCUUUUUUGUGUAAGAUUUGUGGAAAAGAUUUUACAAAAAAACUUAAUUUAACUUGUCACAUGAGAAGUCACACACAUGAGAAGCCCUUCUCAUGUAUGAUGUGUGGUAAAAGUUUCCGUCAAAAACAUACCUUAUUUUAUCACAUGAAAACUCACUGAAGUAAGAAGCCUUUCUCACAUGUGACCUUUGGGGGAAACGUUUCAGUCUAAAAAACGAAUUAACUGAUUGCAUGAGAGGUCAUAGUGGUGAAAACGUUUCCCAUAUAUGACAUAUAAAAAAGUUUACUGUCAAAAAUAUUGCUUAAUUUAUUGCAUGGAAAUUCACACAGGCUAAAAGAAGUUGCAAAGAUGGCAUGAAGCGCUUGACGUGAGGGGUCACACAGGUAAAUGGUCUUUUUCAAGUUUUCCAUUUUUGUGGCCAUGAACUUUGGGUCAUGACCGAAAGAACGAGAUCACGGAUACAAGCGGCUGAAAUGAGCUUCCUCCGUAGGGUGGCCGGGCACUCCCUUAGAGAUAGGGUGAGGAGCUCGGCCAUC